CUGCGAGCAUCGUGUGCGAAGCAGACAAUCGUUGCAAAUCACUGGACUGGAGUAGGUUAUGAAAGUGUGAGCUCGCAGCUGUUCGUUGAAUUGAAGCAAAAAUUAUAUGAAAUAAAGAGUGUGAAUACAAGUCGAUAAAUUUAUUCAAUAAGUGGUGCGUUUUAAAGGAAGUGGAGCCACUGCGAAGUUUAAAUGGUUGAUUUAAAAUGAGUGCCAGUAAAAAACAGAAAAUGUCACACAGUCCUCUGGGAGAAAGUAGAGAAGAAAAACGAAAUCGGUUCAUUAAAAUCUUUAUAGAGAAAGAAGAUUGGCAGGAGGAAGAUCUACUAGGAUUCAUCGUCGAUGAAUUUGAUGGCAAUGUCGAGGAUGUCAACUGGAUUUUAAAAACUGCUGUAGAAAGCAAAUCGUGGACUUACAAUAUCGUCGAAGUACUCAUGAAAAAUGGCACAGAGUUGCAAGUACUCAACAACUUGGGUCAAACGGCAAUUCAUAUUGCGGCGAUGAACGAUCAAUCUCAUAGUAUUAUUGAUGAAUUAUUAAAUUAUAUUGGGGACGAAAAUCUUAGUGACCAUCAAGGAUUCACGUAUUUUCACGUAGCAUGUAUGUAUGGGUGUAAUGAAUUGGUGCAGAAAUACAUUGAUCAAGGUGUGGAUAUCAAUCUAACGUUCUAUAAAGAUGGACGUAAAGAAUCUCCAUUGUCGUUAUGCAUCGAAAAUGAACUGUGUCAAACGUUAGAAUUACUACUGGACAGUGGUGCUGAUCUUAAAUCGUUAGAUGACUGGAAUAAGGAGCCUUUGAGUUGUCUUAAACGCAUUAAAAGAGAUACUGCAAAAAAAGAUUAUUGUGUGUGGAAAAUUAUAACUAAUCAUUAUUUCGAGAAACUCCUAAAAGGUGAAAAAGAUUCAGCGUUACUUGAAAAUCGCAGCGAUAGUGAAGGAUUUACAUAUUUACACGCAGCCUGUUUGUCUGGCAACAUCGAGAUGGUGCAGAAAUUUAUUCAUCAAAAAAACAAUCUUGAUCUUAUUUGGCGUUUAGCGGAUGGCACCAAAGAAUCACCAUUGACUCUAGCUACAGAAUUUAAAAGAAUCAAAAUACUAGAGAUGCUUUUGGAAAACGGGGCUGAUCCAAACAUGAAAGACUUGGGGAAAAAUCCAUUGCACGUAUUCUUUAAGUUUUUUCUAGAUGAAGGAGUAGACUCGAGCCUACUUGAUCUUCUUAUCAGUUACAACUGCGACGUGAAUGAAAAAGACAAUGACGGUAGAAGUCCGUUGUUUCUUUGCUUCGAAAAUUGCAACGAGCAAUAUAAUUGCUGCGAUCCUCAACCAUGGGCACCCUGGAGAGUAUCCAAGUUAUUUAGUGAUCGUGAAAACUUAGAAACUCUACUCAAAAAUAAAGCUGACGCAAACGAAGUAUUUGAAAACGGCCAGUCGAUACUCCACUUGUUUAUUAAGUCCGAUAUAUGUCGAUUGAGUAAGAUAGACGUGGUUUUUGGUAACCAACAAAAUACAGUAGGUAUCGAGCUAAUCAAAACACUCUUGAAAUAUGGAGCUGAUGUGAACGUGAAAGAUGAUAAUGGUGAAUCACCUCUUCACUUGGCCGUUUUAAGCUGUAACUUUGAAGUGGUUGAGGUACUUUUGGCACAUGGAGCCGACGUGCAAAGUAUUGACUUCUCGAAACUUAAUUGGGAAUAUGAUUGGUCUACAUCGUGGUUGGACAAAAUGAUCAAAUUUUUCUUAAUUCUUCAUUGUUUGAAUGAUAAAGGACAUAAAAUGAAUGAAUCAAGCUGUUUGAUUGUAUUAAAAUUUUUGACCAAUCAAAUUAGUCAUAGUGAGCUCAUCGAGGAGUGGGAACGAAAAUUACUUGUUGGUUCUUUGACGCAAAUCCGUUCGCUACUGACGGAUGACAAAGAUUUUUUUUUCGCUAAUCUAGUACACAAACAGCUUCUAAUAGUUGAAAAAUAUAAUAGCUUUAUGACAACCGAGAUGAAAGAUUACCUCAAAGGAGAAUUGCAACAGUUGAACCGAUUUUGUAGGCUCAAAGAGGAAGAUAUUCGUAGAUUAAAUGAUGAAGUUUCAAUAGAAAUUGAAAAUUUAAAAAAAUUAGAGAUAAAAGAUGGUGUAUUCCUUUGGGAUGUUUGCGCAUCUAUUCCCAAAAAAAGAUAUCACUUGUUGAAAAAUUCAAAGCUCUGGACAGUAAUUAAAUCAAAAGAAUUCGAACACGAUUUUAGUUGCAUAUCUGAUGUCAUUAAGGGAUACAUAAUCAAAUGUUUCAUGACAACAUUUUUCGUUGACUUUGGAUUGAAAUAUUUAAUGUUACUGACGCAGGGUAAACUUCCUAUUUUAUGUUGCGAAAAUCUGAUUAAGUAUUUGGACAAUGAAGAUAUACUUAAUGUAUGUCAAGUGUAUCUUGAAAAAAAUUGACUAUUACAAAAUAAAUAUAUGAUUUACAAUUUU